AUGCUUGAAAUGGCCUUACACAUUGUUGUUGGUCGUAUGUCCUUGUGUCAGGCCUGGCGCUGUGUGUGUCGGGGUCCGGGCAGGAGACAAUCCCCUCUCCUCGUCCCUUUUGUUUGCCAACAGCUUUCUUCUGGCUGCAGGCCACAACGUCCGAGUGGCGGCGCCAGACCUCUCACAGACCCUCAAAUUGUCUUUGACCACAACAACUGGGAUAAUGUUGUAUGGGACGAAAGCCAAGAAAGUGAGGCUCGUAGGAUCACCGAGGAACAAGCUGCUGAUCUUGUCUCCUUUGAGAAACAAGUUGAAUACGAAGAGAAGGCAUAUGAAUUUUGGGACAGUUUUUACAAAACACACCAGGACAAAUUCUUCAAAGACCGCCAUUGGCUUUUCACAGAAUUUCCUGAAUUGGCCCCCUAUGCUCACAGCACCACUCUCACCCAACUUUCCAAUUCUCAUUCCGGUUCUGAGGACGAAGUCGAAGAGGAAGAAGAAGACAGUGAUGAAUUACUGGAUGAAGAAGAAAAAAAUGAUGAUGAUGACUCAACAACUAAUGCAGGCAUUCCAGAAAUUGCGGUGAUCCCACCAACUUCACCUCUUGAAAACCAUGACCCUGAUGAAAGCUUCCAUAUAUUUGAGUCACAUAAAUUUCUCAGGAUUGAGGUGAAGAUUGUUGACCAAAAAAAUUUCUUCAUUUUUUUCUCUUUCUCUUUCUUUUUCUUCUUUUUUCCUCUUCUUUUUAUUUUUAUUUUUAUUUUUCUUUCUUUUUUCUUUUUUCUUUUUUUUUUUUUCUUCUUUUUUUUCUUCUUUUUUUUUUUUUCUUUUUCCUCUUUUUUUUUUUUUUUUUUUUUUUUUUCCUCUUCUUUUUAUUUUUCUUUCUUUUUUCCUCUUCUUUUUAUUUUUCUUUCUUUUUUCCUCUUCUUUUUAUUUUUCUUUCUUUUUUCCUCUUCUUUUUAUUUUUCUUUCUUUUUUCCUCUUCUUUUUAUUUUUCUUUCUUUUUUCCUCUUCUUUUUAUUUUUCUUUCUUUUUUUUUCCUCUUUCUUUUUUAUUUUCUUUCUUUUUUUCCUCUUUUAUUUUUUUUUUUUCUUUCUUUCUUUUUUCCUCUUCUUUUUAUUUUUCUUUCUUUUUUCCUCUUCUUUUUAUUUUUCUUUCUUUUUUUUCUUUUUAUUUUUUUCCUCUUCUCUUUUUAUUUUUUUUCUUUUUUUUUCCUCUUCUUUUUUUUAUUUUUCUUUCUUUUUCCUCUUCUUUUUUUCUUUUUUUUUUUUUCUUUUUUUUUUUCCUCUUCUUUUUAUUUUUCUUUCUUUUUUCCUCUUCUUUUUAUUUUUCUUUCUUUUUUCCUCUUCUUUUUAUUUUUCUUUCUUUUUUCCUCUUCUUUUUAUUUUUCUUUCUUUUUUCCUCUUCUUUUUAUUUUUCUUUCUUUUUUUUUUUUUUCUUCUUUUAUUUUUCUUUUUCCUCUUCUUUUAUUUUCUUUCUUUUUUCCUCUUCUUUUUUUUUUUUUUUUUUCUUUCUUUUUUUUUUCCUUUUUUUUUUCUUUUUUCCUCUUCUUUUUAUUUUUCUUUUUUCUUUUUACUUCUCUAUUUUUUCCUCUUUCCUUCUUUUUACUUCUCUAUUUUUUCCUCUUUCCUUCUUUUUACUUCUCUAUUUUUUCCUCUUUUCUUUCUCCUCUUUUUUCCAUUUCAUUUUUCUUUCUUUUUUUUUUCCCUCUUCCUUUUUUUUCCCAUUUCUUCUUCUUUUUUCCCUAUAUUUAUAUAUAUUUUUUAA